UGGAGUGGUAGUGCCCUCCUAACCCAUACCAUACUCAACCAACCCACAAAAUUUUCAUCUCCCAUCUCUCUCACUCUCUUUUCUCCUUUUCACAGAGAAGUUUUGAUUUUCAGUUAUCAAUCGUGUUUUUUAGGUACACUGACAGAAUCAGAGAAAUCAACAGCUUUGAUUUGAAUAGAAAAGAUGUAUCAAGAAAAUGGUGGGUUCGAUGAAAGCGGCAUUACGCAUCAAGCCGAGGACGCUUUCUCCCAAACCCAGUUACCAAACUGCAACACCUUCUCAAUGGAGGAGCAGUCGUACCCCCAAAACGACGUGGCCGCCGCCGUCGCCGCCGCCUCGGCGCUGGAGAUGGAGCUGCAGCACCAGCUAGAGAUGGAGCAGUGCUACACCAACAAAAGCGCCGCCGAAAUGGGCAACGAAUCCUCAAACUGGCAAGAGAUGGCGGGCAGUUUCAACCACCAAAAUCCCGCAGCCGAUUUCAACCAAUUCUACGGCGCCACAGCUUCCAUGGGCGAGGCCCCCGAUUUGCUCAACAUAUUCCCCCUCCCGCGGUGCUCGCCGUCGUCGCUGCUCCCGAAUUUCUCGCAGAAAUCCCCGGCUUUCUUGGCCUCACUGGGGCUGCUGGGAGACGUCAACGACGGCGUCGUUUACGACCCUCUGCUGCCGUUGAAUCUGCCCCCUCAGCCCCCUCUCUUGAGAGAGCUCUUCCAUUCUCUGCCGCAUGGGCAUGGCUACUCAGGGCUCUUCACUGAUGAGAGAGAUGCAAACGGGGGUUUGUACCAAAACGGUGAUAGGCUUUACGAGUUCAACGCAGCAGAGAUGGGCGCCAAAAAUAGAGAUGGAAUCAAAGAUGCUAAACAUUUCGCGACUGAGAAGCAUAGGAGAGUGCUGUUGAAUGACAAGUAUCAAGCGCUCAGAGCCUUGGUUGCUACUCCCACUAAGAAUGACAGAGCGUCGAUCGUGCAAGACGCCAUCGUAUACAUCGAGGAGCUGAAGAGGACUGUGAGUGAGCUGAAGGGUUUGGUGGAGAAGAAGAGAUGCGCGAGAGAGAGGCUGAAGAGGCCUAAGAUGGAGGAAAACGGGAGCGUGGAGUCCAAGUGCGUGGCCGAGAAUGGAUCAUCGCUGCGGAGCUCGUGGCUGCACCGCAAGUCGAAGAACACGGAGGUGGAUGUGCGGAUCAUCGACGACGAGAUCACCGUCAAACUGGUGCAGCAGAAGCGGAUCAACUGCCUGCUCUUUGUUUCUAAAGUGCUGGAUGACUUGCAGCUCGACCUUCACCAUGUUGCCGGAGGCCUCAUUGGUGAUUACUAUACUUACCUUUUCAACUCCAAGAUUUGCGAGGGUUCAAUUGUGUACGCGAGUGCUGUGGCGAACAAGCUUAUCGAAGUUGUGGACAAGCAGUAUGCUGCAGUUCCACCAACAAGUAGCUAUUAGGUAAAUUGAUUCAUUUUAAUUAUAACAGUCUACACAAAUCUUACUUACUAUAUUUUUAUUGUUUUUAGAAAAGCCUUACUUGAACAUUAUAACUUUCGUGCUUGUAAUAGCGUUUCUGCAUUAAUAUUUGUGGAAAAUCAACUCUAAAACCAUUCUAGAUUAAUUAUGUGUUUCUCUUGACGAAUUCAA